GAGAAAAGGGCAACAGAUGUCCUUCCGUAUGACGCAUGACUCGUUUGGCCCUUGGCGAGAUAGUACAGUUUGCGUCUCACUACCCUACGGAAGUAUUGUACGUCACGGAAACGAAGCUAACCCUGUCGUUAGAAGGAACGUUCGUUGAAAACCGGUUUCGGAGGGGAAUAGCUUUGAGAUGUUUGAUUCGAAGAUCCCUAAGAAAAUAUGAACGAUUUAAUCGACUUAAUUUAAAACAAGAAAAACAUGUGUGAAAUAGUAAAAGGUCAACGCAGAGCGUUUCGCGACCAAGACCCUCCACGGAUAUGCAAUAAAAGCAACGAAAAUUUGAAAAGCGAGCUGGAAUUUUGUGAAUCGACUGCAACUUCGCCGACGAUUCUUCAACGAGCAUCCAGCUUCGAAAGGUGCUUCAACGAGUCUAAGCAUCUUGAGAAGGGCAAACAGAAUCAGAAAAAAGAGAAAGUAAACUCGAUCAAACAGGAAAGUACUUGGUCCGAUUCCAUUAAAGACUCGAAAGACAGUGCCAAGGUAUCGAACGAAUUGCCAACUGCUUCAAAUCAGACGAACUCGGAGAAUUUGAUCAAGGAGCUUUCUGACAAAGUGCCUUCCAACAGCCAUCACGACGAUGAGGUGAUUGAUAACGGACUGAGCAACGAUACGGACAGCUGCGACGAUUUAACAAACGGACAAAAAAUGGCACCGGUAUUGGGUGUACCACCUCCUCCUCCACCUGCUCCUCACAUGGGACCAGAUGGCUUAAUCUUACCGAGAAAACCGUACAACCCUUACCUAACCUCCAGCAACCAUAAGGACCUCCGCAGGGAAUUAUUAUUCAAUCAGAAAGUCGGCAAAAACGUGCUGAAUCAGAAGAGCGAGCUGCAGCGAGCACUCGAGAAGCAGAGGGAAGCUGCCUCUAGGAGAGAGGCUGAAAGGAAUCGGGAAGAGAAUUACAAAGACGAUCCAAGAACCGCCUUACAAAGGGCCAUCGAGCAAAGAGCGAAGCACAUCGAGAUGGCACUGGAGCAGUCGCAACCGACGACGGAACCACCGAGCAACCUUUUGGUAACAGCGAGAGCGAAGUUGAGACCGCGCACAGAUUCACAAUGAAGUUACGUCAAAGGAGACAAGAAAAGAAAAGAAACGAAAGAGAGGCAGAAAGAAAGGUCGAACGUAAAACGUGACACGUACGCUGUCGCCCGAGUGAGCAACGAUCAAAUUGCGUUGUAACGCGGACUUUUGUCACAUUUUGUAAUUUGACCAUGUACAUAUUAUAUGUUUAAUCCGAUAAGAAUUCGUUAACGGCAAAAUAAGAUUGUACGAGUCUUCGUUGAAGAUAAAGUAUUGUAACGAGGCAUGUUAGAUAACGCAGAACCGAAAAACAGUGGAAAAUAGGUCGUGUCUGUGUAUCGAUACAUUUAUUCAUUUAAAGAAUAUUCAUUUGUGCGUUUUUCGUGCUAAAAGUAGAUAAUUGCCUCGCUCUUCCAAAGUUCUCAGAGAGCGCGGAUGCGCGCACUAGCCGAUUCAUUUCGUCUUCUAAGCGACGUUAGUCUAGUUAGAUAGUACAUACAACCGUAACCAUUGUUUUCCAUAUCUGUGAAAAACACGUGAAUCGAAACGAUGUGUAUGUAUCCGCGCGCAUAGCCGAGUCAGGUCUUUUCAAACGAUAAGUCUGCAGAUCGCUGACUCAAACGUCGUUGUAAAACCGAUACUUGGUUUAUUAGUGGCGUAUAUAGCACUCGUUCAACGUGUAACUUGCUUACGCGUGUCAGCGACGCGGUAUGAUGCGUUGUGUCCUCGUUACUUCGCCUAGUUAUCCGAGACACAAGGUGUCGAGGUUUGCAACAGAUUGGCCUUUAUAGAGCGCCUUGACGAGAAAAUAGUUUACUUGGUCGUUCGAUACUUUGUUACGUGCUCGAGAUUUUUCAGAGCCUUCACAUCUAAGGACUAAUACCGUUAGAGUAAUUAAGAGACCAGUCAUGAGUAGCAUAGAGAAUUUUAAAACGAAUACAUAUGUGCAAGAUGUAUGUGUGCGACGUUAGUUUAUUAUCGUGCCUGAAUUUAUACCAAGACUAGACCUGAAUACGAAGUACAGAGAUAGUGUUUUGCCACAAUAGAAUUGGAAUAGUAGAAUCGAUACCUUGGGACCAUCGUUCACUCGUAAUCAACUACUAGCAGUUAAACGAAAGAAACAUUCAGUAGGUUGAUAUAGCAGCAUUUAUUAAACUCCACUGUUUAUAAUUCAUAAAAUGAAUAAAAUAUAUAUUGUUGCAAUCAAGGUAUUAUAGGAACGUGAUAGUACAUUCGAAUUUAACAAGUUUUCUAUUGAUAACAGUGCAUCACCAUACGUCUUCUUCUACUGUUUCAGAAAUAGAAUAAAGAUAAUCGUAAUAUUUGGAAAUAAUCGUAAUAAAAAAUUCUACGAAACACUAAAGAAUUAAUUAAAGAGUUAAUAAGUUGACGUGUAAAUGUAAACAGAAAUUGUAAUGUUAUCGCGUUGACUGCAUUAAACUUCGAUUUGUGCAAACUAAUCGUAAUAUUUAAAAAUAUUAUCAUAUUGGAGCAAUUAAAAUAUUAAAUAUA